CCCCCCCGGCGCUCAGUCUUUGGCUCCGCCCCCGAGUUCUCCCGCCCGCAGUUGUAACUGUUCCUCCCACCGGCCCCGCCCCCGAGCUCCCCAGCCCGCGGCUGUGAGUGGUCCUCUUGCUGGCUCGGGCCCCGCCCCGCCCCCUCGCUCUCUCCUUGGCUCCGCCCCCGGGCUCCCCCGCCCGCGGCUGUAACUGUUGCGCCCUCCCGCGGCGCGCGUUGUCUUGGAGAGGGACGCGGAGACCACGGGGCGGCGGGCGCGGCGGGGCGGUGGCAGCGGAAUAGAGACCCCAGGUUCAGUCCUCCCCCAGGGCGAGCCCCACAGAGUCCCGUCUCGCCUCCGCGCCGCGUGGGCCGUCCCAGGGCCGCUGCGGACGGCGCCGGCAUGUCCGGCGAGGCGAGUACGCCCGGGGCCUCCCCCAGGGCCCCGCGUCCCGGGACCCAGAAGUCGUCCGGCUCGGUGACCAAGAAGGGGGAUCGCGGGGCCAAGGAGAAGCCGGUCCUCGUCCUGCCGCCGGUGGGAGAGGAGGAGCCCAAGAACCCCGAGGAAUACCAGUGCACCGGGGUCCUCGAGACGGAUUUCGCCGAGCUCUGCACGCGCUCGGGCUACACGGACUUCCCCAAGGUCGUCACCCGGCCUCGCCCGCACCCGGCCUUCGUUCCCUCCGCCUCGAUGUCGGAAAAGCCCGCCCAGGACGAUCAGCGCCUGUCGGCGUCUUGCAGCCUCAACAGCCUGGAGAGCAAAUACGUGUUUUUCCGGCCCACGAUCCAGGUGGAGCUGGAGCCCGAGGACAAGUGGGUGAAGGAAAUCUACAUCCGCGGUUGGAGGGUCGAGGAGCGGAUCUUGGGCAUCUUCUCCAAAUGUCUGCCCCCCCUCAGCCAGCUGCAGGCCAUAAACUUGUGGAAGGUGGGGCUGACGGAUAAGACCCUGAGCACCUUCAUCGCGCUCCUGCCUCUCUGCGCGCCCACGCUCAGGAAGGUGUCUCUGGAGGGCAACCCGCUGCCGGAACAGUCCUAUCACAAGCUCAUGGCCGCGGACAGCCCGAUCGCGCACUUGUCUCUGCGGAACAACAACAUCGACGACCACGGCGCGCAGCUGCUGGGCCAGGCUCUGUCCACGCUGCGCAGCUGCAACCGGACCCUGGUCUCGCUCAACCUGGCCUUCAACCACAUCGGGGACGCGGGUGCCGGCUACAUCGCGGACGGCCUCCGGCUGAACCGCGCCCUGCUCUGGCUGUCGCUGGCGCACAACCGCAUCCAGGACCAGGGCGCCCUGAAGCUGGCCGAGGUCCUGCGUCCCUUCGAGCUGACGCACACCGAGGUGGUGGAGCGCCGCCGCCUCCUGCUGGAGAAAGGGACGCAGGAGCGCUCGCGAUCGCCUUCCUCCUCCCGACCUGGGGACUCCAAAACGGACCGUGAGAAGAACCUGCUGCUACAGGUCAACAGUGCUGCACUGGCGGAAAAGACAGACAAGACGCAGACAACCAAGACCCCGAAAGGCCUGAGCAAGAAGAAGGAGAAGUCAGGGGGGGAGUCGGUGAGGAAGGAGGAGAAGUCAGGGUCAGGGCAGUCGCCCACGCAAGGGACCCCCAAGAAAGAAGACCCCACGAAGUCAGGCAAAGGGAAGGUCACCAUCCCUGAGCAGAAAACAAGCAAGGGGAAAGGGCCCAAGACUGGGAACAAAGAGAAGCGAAGCUUCCUGCUGGAGUCGGAGCACCUAGGACAGAGCCUGGCCUAUAGCUGGUCUCCAAAGCAUCAGCUGGUUGCUGAAGCCACAGAGACGGUCAGCCCGCUCCUGGAGCCGGUGGAGCACCACAACGGGAAGGUUUUCGUGCCUGGGAACAAGGUCCUUUUGCACCUUAACCUCCUCCGAAACCGCAUCACGGAGGUGGGGCUGGAGGGCUUCCUGGCCACCGUGCAGUACCAGGCCCAGUUCUCCAAGUCCAAGAGCCCGUCCAAGGGCCCAGUGGGGCUGCUGCGGCUGUCCCUGGCGAAAAAUUGCUUCUCCCCACGAUGUCCUGCGUAUGCGACGAUCCAGGAGCUGAUGCUGCCACGAGCCCCCGUCACCAAGGCCAAGCCCAGGGAGGAGGAGACCACCUAGCCCCUCCCACCUGCCUCCAGGAGCUGCCGCCGGGCUGUUGCAGCAUCUCUGGUCCCUGCGUGGUGGGCUGGCCUCCCUGGGGGCGAUCUCGAUCGCUAGCAAACUCCACUGCUGUAUGUUGCCCCUCGAGAUUGUCUGAAAACCGUUCCAGAACUACUUGGAACGUUUGGACUCUGAGUCUGUUCAUGUCUCGUGGCCAGAAGUGGCUGAAGGGCUUUCCAGUUCUUCUCCGGGCUAAGCUUGGCCCCUCCAGCCUGGGCGGGCCAGGGCCUGCUCCCGGCUUGCUCUCUCCGUGCUGCCAGCAGGACCCCAGGGAUUGUAACCCCUUCGCCCAGGCCCAGGGGAAGGGGAGGGCUCCAGGCCCCCACUCCCGCAGCUGGUAGUCGCCCACAGGAGGCAAGGACUCCAUAGAGGAUGCGGAGUUGGCGGCUGAUUUGAAGAGGGCUCUGUAUCUACAUAGUAAAGGCCAAGCCCUCCACCCAAACCCCAAAGCCAUGGUUUGUGGAGGUGGGUGGUGUGAAACCAGGGAUGCCCGCAUGGCAGGAAGCUGGGGUGCAGAGGAGCCUCAGAGCUGCCCCCCCGCCCCCCCAUAUCUCUACCUUCAGUGCUGCCUCAGGUGAGAGCACCUAUGGAACAGAUAACCUGUGGGACGCUGCCGGUGCUCGAAAGGGACCUGGCUGGCCUCUCCAGUCCUCCUCACGGCUCCCAGGCACCGUGUCGUAGGAAGUCCAGUGCCGGCUGCACCAUAAGCCCAUGAGGCCGGCACGGAGGGCGUGCUGGGUCUGGGAGGGAGACCAGGAGACCGAGUGGCAAGAGAAGCCGUCCCUUGGUCCGCCCAUGAAGUCCGAAAGACAGGAGGUUUGGGGGAUGCGGCCUCCAGGGCUGCCAGGGCCCGUGGGAGGCAGCGGGGGCUGAGGGCAGUGAGGACCAGCCAGGCCUGCCCGAGGUCCCCCGGCUCUGGGCCCCCUGCCUGUGUGUGCGGUACAUUCCGUGGCUUCUUUGGCCAUGAGGGCUGCACCCCCAACAGAGGCUGGGGGAGACCCUGGCCAGAGCUGCGUCUGGGGGCUCGACGCCAGGGGCAGGGGCUGCCUUUUGUUCCCUCCACCCGAGCCUGAGAACCACCCCCUUGUCUUUAUCAGGGCAGUUUCAGAAAUCACACACACACCACCACGGUUGAAGAAUAUUUAACUUUUCUUAAAAAAAAAAAUCUUAACCAUGAA